GCAAGCCAAGCCAGGUCGGGAAAGCUAAACCCUCCCCUCCCCCCUCCCUCUAUCUCCGCCUCGGCCGCUCGCCGCCGCGUCGGCUCUGGAGCCGCCGCCGCCGCCGCCGCCGUCGCCAUGAAGCCCUCGCCGCACUUCCCGGAGAUCGGGAAGAAGCCCAAAGAUUUGAUAGCCAAGGAACACGGGUUCAACAUCGCGGCGUACAUCUCGUCGGGAGCGGAUGUUAUUGCUGCCGCCCUAAGAAAACAUGUUGAGGAAGAAGCUCGAGAUCUGAGUGGCGAGGCUUUUCUGAGAUUUAUGGAACAGCUCUAUGAACAGAUAUGUAGUCUCUUGCAAAGCAACGAUGUUGCUGAAAAUUUACUUGCUCUUCGUGCUAUUGAUGCUUUGAUCGAUAUGCCUUUCGGAGAAGGUGCUUCAAAGGUUUCUAAGUUCGCAAAUUUCUUGCGAACUGUUUUUGAAGUCAAGCGUGAUCCUGAAGUUCUAGUUCCAGCAAGCGCAGUGCUUGGCCAUUUAGCAAAAGCUGGCGGUGCAAUGACUGCAGAUGAGGUGGAGCGUCAGAUUAAAACGGCUUUAGGAUGGCUUGGUGGGGAUCGAGUGGAGUAUCGCCGCUUUGCUUCUGUCCUUAUUCUCAAAGAGAUGGCUGAAAAUGCAUCAACAGUUUUCAAUGUUCAUGUUCCUGAAUUUGUUGAUGCUAUAUGGGUAGCACUGAGAGAUCCCAAACAGGCUGUUCGUGAGCGAGCAGUGGAAGCAUUGCGUGCCUGUCUCCAUGUUAUUGAAAAACGUGAGACACGUUGGCGUGUGCAAUGGUAUUACCGCAUGUGUGAAGCAGCACAGGUUGGUCUUGGAAAAAAUGCCUCUGUUCAUAGCAUUCAUGGCUCGCUAUUGGCUGUUGGAGAAUUAUUGAGGAAUACUGGGGAGUUUAUGAUGUCUAGGUACAGAGAAGUGGCUGAUAUAGUCCUCAAUUACCUAAGACACCGGGAUCAGCUUGUUCGUCGUAGUAUAACUUCGCUUCUUCCUCGAAUUGCUCACUUCCUGCGUGACAGAUUUGUGACCAACUACUUAAAGAUUUGCAUGGAUCAUAUCUUGUUUGUUUUACGUACACCGGAUGAGCGUGCUAGUGGCUUUGUUGCUCUUGGAGAGAUGGCUGGCGCUCUUGGUGCUGAACUUGUGCCCUAUUUGCCUUUAAUUACCUCACACUUGCAUGAUGCGAUUGCUCCUCGUAGGGGACGCCCAUCUCUUGAGGCAAUUUCUUGUGUGGGAAGUUUCGCAAAAGCUAUGGGUCCUGCAAUGGAACCUCAUAUACGUGGUGGACUACUAGAUGCGAUGUUUUCUGCUGGUCUUUCUGAUAAACUUGUAGAGGCACUUGAGUCUAUAAGUACCAGCAUCCCAUCUCUACUGCCAACAAUACAGGAACGAUUGUUGGAUUGUAUAUCUCAAGCACUGCCAAAGUCAUCCGUGAGGCCUGGUGCUGCUGUUGGCCGAGGAAGCAGAUCAAGCAGUUUGCAGCAGUUUGUGGAUUCUGGUGGUCCAGUUCUUGUGCAGCUUGCAUUGGGGACUCUAGCAAAUUUCAACUUUAAGGGUCAUGAGCUUCUGGAAUUUGCUAGAGAGAGUGUCAUCCUUUAUCUGGAAGAUGAGGAUUGCAGUACCCGUAAAGCUGCUGCAACAUGCUGCUGCAAACUAGUUGCGCAUUCCCUUUCAGCUUCGUCUAGCUCACAGUUUAGCUCAAACCGGCCAAAUCGUAUGGGAGGAGCUAAGCGUCGCCGCCUUGUAGAAGAGAUUGUGGAGAAACUUCUUAUGGCUGCAGUUGCUGAUGCUGAUGUUGGUGUUAGAAGUUCUGUAUUCAAGGCUCUAUAUCGGAAUCCAUCUUUUGAUGAUUUUUUGGCCCAAGCUGACAUCAUGACUUCAAUUUUUGUUGCCUUAAAUGAUGAGGAGUACCAUGUCAGAGAAUUGGCAAUAUCAGUUGCAGGUAGAUUGUCUGAAAAAAAUCCUGCUUAUGUACUGCCUGCCCUUCGCCGUUAUCUUAUACAGUUGCUCACAUAUCUUGACCAAAGUAUGGAUAGCAAGUGUAGAGAGGAAAGUGCUAGAUUGUUGGGUUGCUUAAUUAGGAGUUGUGCACGACUCAUUCUUCCUUAUAUUGCUCCAAUUCACAAGGCACUAGUGGCUAGGUUACGUGAAGGAACAGGACCGAAUGCUAAUAAUGCGCUUGCAGCAGGAGUGCUUGCUACUGUUGGAGAGUUGGCCAAAGUGGGUGGUUUUGCAAUGAGGCAAUAUCUUCCUGAGCUAAUGCCUCUAGUUGUGGAUGCUCUUUUGGAUGGAGGUGCUGUUAGUAAAAGGGAAGUGGCAGUAGCAACCCUUGGACAAGUUAUCCAAAGCACAGGCUAUGUUAUCUCUCCUUAUAAUGAGUAUCCUCCAUUGCUUGGUUUACUCUUGAAAUUGCUGAAUGGCGAAUUGGAAUGGUCUACUAGACUGGAAGUGCUGAAGGUUUUAGGUAUUAUGGGUGCAUUGGACCCGCACGCACAUAAGCGUAAUCAACAUAAGCUACCUGGUCAACAUAGGGAGGUCUUGCGGCCAACGAUGGAAACAGCACAACAUAUUGUUUCCAUGGAAGAACUGCCAACUGAUUUCUGGCCAUCCUUUUCAGCAUCUGAGGACUAUUAUUCAACAGUUGCAAUUAGUUCUCUCAUGCGGAUUCUUCAUGAUCCUUCCCUUUCAAGUUAUCAUCAGAUGGUGGUUGGCUCUCUUAUAUUUAUUUUUAAGUCGAUGGGACUUGGCUGUGUUCCAUAUUUACCAAAGGUUCUCCCUGAGCUAUUCCGCGCUGUUCGCAUGUGUGAGGAUGGUGGUUUGAAAGAGUUCAUUACCUGGAAGCUUGGGACAUUGGUAUCUAUUGUUCGACAGCACAUUCGGAAAUAUUUACAAGAAAUACUCUCUCUUGUGUCUGAAUUGUGGACUUCCUCAUUCAGCUUACCUGCACCAAAUCGGACUGUCCAAGGUCCACAAGCUUCUCCGGUUCUUCACCUUGUUGAACAACUAUGCUUGGCACUGAAUGACGAAUUCAGAAUGUAUAUACUUCACAUAUUGCCAAGUUGUAUUCAAGUCCUGGGUGAUGCUGAACGCUGCAAUGACUAUUACUAUGUUCCUGACAUAUUGCACACCCUAGAGGUGUUUGGAGGAAAUUUGGAUGAGCACAUGCACUUGGUUGCUCCAGUACUUGUUCGGUUAUUUAAAGUGGAGCUAGUUGAUAUCAGACGCCGUGCCAUUGUCACUUUGACUAAACUCAUACCUACGGUGCAGGUUGGUACUCAUGUUUCGGUUUUGGUGCAUCAUCUAAAGCUAGUUUUGGAUGGAAACAAUGAUGAUCUACGGAAAGAUGCAGCAGAGGCGCUUUGUUGUCUUGCACAUGCUCUUGGAGAAGAUUUUACAAUAUUCGUGUCAUCAAUACACAAGCUUCUUGUGAAGCACCAUAUGCGGUAUAGAAAAUGGGAUGAGAUUGAAAAUCGAUUACUAAGGCGAGAGCCACUCAUCUCUGAGAACUUAUCAGUACAAAAGUACACACAAUGCCCGCCUGAAGUCAUUAGUGACCCUCUUGAUGAUUUUGGUGGUGUUCCUUCUGAGGAGGCUGAUGAAACACAGCGGCAACCAAGAAGUCAUCAAGUCAAUGAUGUUCGACUGAGAAGUGCCGGUGAGGCUUCUCAAAGGAGCACUAGAGAAGAUUGGGCUGAAUGGAUGAGGCACUUCAGUAUUGCGCUUCUCAAAGAAUCACCAUCUCCUGCUUUACGCACUUGCGCAAGACUAGCACAACUUCAGCCUUCUGUUGGUCGUGAGUUGUUUGCUGCGGGCUUUGCAAGUUGCUGGGCCCAAAUGAAUGAAACAUCCCAGGAGCAACUUGUGAGAAGUCUCAAGACUGCAUUCUCAUCUCAGAACAUACCUCCAGAAAUUCUUGCCACACUGCUGAACUUGGCAGAGUUUAUGGAACAUGAUGAGAAGCCGCUUCCAAUUGAUACAAGACUGCUCGGUGCACUUGCUGAAAAGUGUCGAGCAUUUGCAAAAGCACUGCAUUAUAAAGAAAUGGAGUUUGAAGCUGUAUGUUCCAAGAAGAUGGGUGCAAAUCCUGUUACUGUUGUUGAAUCUCUUAUUCAUAUUAACAACCAAUUACACCAGCAUGAGGCAGCUAUUGGGAUAUUGACUUACUCACAACAACAUUUAGAAGUUCAAUUGAAGGAGUCCUGGUACGAAAAAUUGCACCGUUGGGAUGAGGCCUUGAAGGCAUACAAAGCAAAGUCAUCUCAAGCAUCUGGGCCAUUACAAAACUUGGAUGCUACAUUAGGUCGAAUGAGGUGUCUAGCAGCCUUGGCCCGUUGGGAAGAUUUAAGUGCAUUAUGCAGGGAGCAAUGGACUGGCUCAGAACCAUCUGCCCGACUAGAAAUGGCUCCGAUGGCUGCCAAUGCUGCUUGGCAUAUGGGUGAGUGGGACCACAUGGCUGAAUAUGUUUCUCGUCUGGAUGAUGGGGAUGAAAACAAGCUCCGGAUAUUGGGUAACACAACAGCUAGUGGUGACGGAAGCAGCAAUGGUGCUUUCUUUAGGGCUGUUCUUUCAGUUCGUUGCAAAAAGUAUGAAGAAGCUCGUGUAUAUGUUGAGAGAGCUCGGCGGUGUUUGGCUACAGAACUUGCAGCAUUGGUACUUGAGAGUUAUGAGCGUGCUUAUAAUAAUAUGGUGCGGGUUCAACAGCUUUCUGAGCUGGAAGAGGUGAUUGAUUACUGCACUCUUCCAAUGGAAAGUCCAAUAGCUGACAGCCGGAGGGAACUUAUCCGUAAUAUGUGGAAUGAGCGUAUUAAAGGAACAAAACGGAAUGUUGAGGUGUGGCAAGCCUUACUUGCUGUUAGAGAGUUGGUUCUCCCUCCUAAUGAAGACAGAGACACCUGGAUAAAAUUUGCCAAACUUUGCUGGAAGAGUGGCCGCAUUAGUCAGGCUAAAUCUACCUUAGUCAAACUCUUACAGUUUGAUCCAGAAUCUUCCCCUGAAUUGACGCUGUAUCAUGGACAUCCUCAAGUAGUCCUGGCAUACCUGAAGUACCAGUAUGCUGUUGGAGAUGAGCUUAAACGAAGGGACGCGUUUUGCAGGCUACAGGAUUUGUCUGUGCAGCUUGCUACCGCAACAAAUAGUUAUUCUGGAACAUUAGCAAGCCAGGUUGCCACAUCAAAUGCUGGAGUACCACUUAUUGCUCGCGUCUAUUUGACACUUGCUAGCUGGAAGAGAGCAUUAUCACCUGGGUUAGACGAUGAUUCUAUUCAAGAAAUAUUGGUCUCUUACAAAAAUGCCACACUUAAUGCCAAGGACUGGGGCAAGGCAUGGCACUUAUGGGCCUUGUUCAACACUGAAGUCAUGUCCCGCUAUACUUUGCGUGGUCGACCAGAUAUUGCAGGAAAAUAUGUUGUUGCAGCAGUAACUGGGUAUUUCUACUCUAUUGCUUGCGCAUCCACGACAAAAGGUGUUGAUGAUAGCUUACAGGAUAUCCUUCGUCUCUUGACUCUUUGGUUUAAUCAUGGGGCUACCUCAGAGGUUCAAAUGGCACUGCAGAAAGGCUUUUCACUUGUCAAUAUAGAAAUGUGGUUGGUUGUCCUUCCCCAGAUAAUUGCAAGGAUCCAUUCAAAUAAUAAAAUAGUGAGAGAACUGAUACAGUCAUUGCUGGUUCGAAUUGGAAAGGAUCAUCCACAGGCAUUGAUGUAUCCUCUGUUGGUUGCUUGCAAAUCAAUAAGCAUAUUAAGACAACGAGCGGCGCAAGAGGUCGUCGAUAAGAUCCGCCAACAUAGUGGAGGUCUUGUUGAUCAGGCACAGCUUGUUUCAAAGGAACUGAUACGAGUUGCCAUUCUGUGGCAUGAGAUGUGGCAUGAGGCUCUUGAGGAAGCUAGCAGGAUGUAUUUUGGUGAGCACAAUAUUGAGGGAAUGCUUGCAGUGCUUGAACCAUUGCAUGCAAUGCUCGAGAGGGGUCCUGAGACAAUAAAAGAAAAUACUUUCAUUCAGGCUUAUGGUCAUGAAUUACUGGAAGCCCACGAAUGCUGUUUAAAAUAUCGGGCUACAGGAGAGGAUGCUGAGUUAACUAAGGCAUGGGAUUUGUAUUACCAUGUUUUCAGAAGAAUAGACAAACAGCUUCCAAGUCUUACAACUUUGGAUUUGCACUCUGUGUCACCCGAGCUUCUUGAGUGUCGAAAGUUGGAGCUUGCUGUACCAGGAACUUAUUCUGCAGAUGCACCACUUGUGACAAUUGAGUAUUUUGUUCCUCAAUUGAUUGUUAUAACAUCUAAACAAAGACCAAGAAAACUGACAAUUCAUGGAAGUGAUGGCAACGAUUAUGCAUUCUUGCUGAAAGGCCAUGAAGAUUUACGGCAGGAUGAGCGUGUAAUGCAGCUUUUUGGCCUGGUGAAUACUCUGCUGGAGAACUCUAGGAAAACUUCAGAGAAAGAUCUGUCAAUCCAAAGAUAUGCUGUCAUACCUUUGUCUCCUAACAGUGGUUUAAUUGGAUGGGUUCCAAAUUGUGACACACUUCAUGCCCUGAUCCGUGAAUAUAGAGAUGCCAGGAAGAUUUUCUUAAAUCAGGAGCACCGAUGUAUGUUGAGUUUUGCACCUGAUUAUGACCACUUACCCCUCAUCGCCAAAGUAGAAGUAUUUCAGCAUGCCCUAGAAAACAGUGAAGGAAAUGACCUUGCAAAGGUUCUCUGGCUUAAAAGCCGAACCUCUGAAGUAUGGCUUGAGCGGCGCACAAAUUAUACGAGAAGUCUGGCUGUUAUGAGCAUGGUUGGCUAUUUGCUUGGUUUAGGAGAUCGGCAUCCAAGUAAUCUUAUGUUAGAUCGUUAUAGUGGAAAAAUAUUACAUAUUGACUUUGGCGAUUGCUUUGAGGCUUCAAUGAAUCGUGAAAAGUUUCCCGAAAAGGUUCCAUUUCGCUUGACUAGAAUGCUUGUGAAAGCCAUGGAAGUUAGUGGUAUUGAGGGUACCUUCAGAACCACUUGCGAAAAUGUGAUGCAAGUACUUCGAACAAACAAGGAUAGCGUUAUGGCUAUGAUGGAGGCAUUUGUGCAUGACCCAUUAAUCAAUUGGCGUCUGUUCAAUUUCAAUGAAGUCCCUCAAGUUACAAACUAUGGAAAUGCUCACAGUCACACAGUUGUCAAUAGCGAAGAAGCUGCUAAUCGGGAGCUCAUGCAACCACCCCGGGGAGCUCGGGAGAGAGAACUGCUACAGGCGGUCAAUCAACUCGGUGAUGCUAACGAGGUUUUGAAUGAGCGUGCCGUAGCUGUGAUGGCACGAAUGAGUCAUAAGCUCACAGGGCGCGAUUUCUCUUCCGGAUCAUCGUUGUCGGGGGCGGGAAGCUCCACCCAACAUGGUAACGAGCAUCUGGCUUCAGGAGACACUCGAGAGGUGGAACCUGGUUUAUCCGUGAAGGUUCAGGUUCAGAGGCUUAUACUUCAAGCGACUUCGCAUGAAAACUUGUGCCAAAACUACGUCGGGUGGUGCCCGUUUUGGUGAGCCUUCCGUAAGCAGUGCCAUGUACAUAUUGUAAAUAACGUGUACAUAUAGAUAGAUAUCUUGUAAAGAGUGUUGUAUUUGGGCAGUGUACAUGUACCAGAAUUUCAUUUGUUAAUGAAAGCCGUCAUUGGCAUCUUCGUGUUA